AUGUUUGAGAGAUAGAGAGACAGAGAGAGAGAGGGGGCUUCUUAUUCAAUAUUGUGAAAUUGUUCAGCAGAUGCUAGACGAAAGAGGGGGGCGGGAUCCUGACGUCAGCUUGGGACCUCGAGGCUGUGACUGGUGUGUUGCGGACCCAGGCACGUGGCUGGCACAAACCGUCCCGUCUCCUCUUAAAGUGACCGCGGGCGGGGCGGCCUUUAUUAACUUUCACCCGCUCGUCAUCGCGUUCAAACUUCUCUUUCAUCUCAGAGUAACCGCCUUGUCCAUGGACUGAAUCUCAAAUCACUGACUUCCAGGCGCGAGACAGACAAGCUCCUGUUUCCUCUCAAAGUAAAGUGUUCGAACUUUUGCAGCAGUGCCAACGUCGUUUCCAUCCAAAAUAUUAUUGUGUGAACGAGUAUCAUCGUCUCACAAGAAAGGUCCUUUCUAGGACCGAAUCUCAAAACUUUACUAGACAGAUUUUGAAUACGAUGAAGGAAAGGAUAUAUUUUUUCAUCCUUUUUACAUUCUCGCUUGGAGGUGCGAAUGGCCAGACGGCAGCGCCGAAUGAAGGCGCACUGCGACUGGUGCCAGGUACGUCAAGGGUGUCCGGGUCAGGACGGGUGGAGAUCUACCACAACAAUACCUGGGGCACAAUAUGUGACGACGAUUGGAACGUGAAUGCGGCCACAGUAGCGUGCAGGCAGCUGGGAUAUCAGUCACACCAGGUAGUCGUCAGAACUCAGGCUUUCUACGGAGCAGGGACUGGCCGCAUCUGGCUGGAUGUCCGCUGCACGGGUUCCGAGACCUCCAUCCUGCAAUGCCAGCACCGACCCCUAGGGAUGCACAACUGUUAUCACUCUGAAGAUGCUGGUGUAGACUGUUCUCCCAGCAGCAACAACUACCCCAUUCGUCUGAACGGGUCUUCCUUGAACUACCAGGGUCGUGUUGAGAUAAUGUACAACGGCCAGUGGGGGACCAUCUGCGACGACAACUGGGACGACCAUGCUGCCCAGGUUGUGUGUCAGCAGUUGGGGUUUGUCGGGGUGCUCGCAAUUCCCAUUACGUCAGCUUUCUUCUCUAAUGGCACGGGCAAUCCCAGCAUUCCAAUCUUGCUGGACGACGUUCGCUGCUCUGGCUCCGAGGCCAGCAUCAGCGACUGCAACCACCGCACGUGGGGCACGAGCAACUGCCAGCACGCGGAAGAUGCUGGCGUCAUGUGCCUGCCGCAAAACACAUCUAUUGGACUCAACAACACCAUUCAGAUCCGCCUGACAGGGGUGAACAGAUACACCGGCCGUGUGGAAAUUCAGGCGUAUGGUAUCUGGGGCACUGUAUGUGAUGAUAGCUUCGACUCUCGGGCCGCCCAGGUUGUUUGCCGAAUGCUUGGUUACCAAGGGGGGACGGUGAUUCCGGCAUCCACCAUUGGGGAUGGUACCGGACCGAUCUGGCUCGAUGACAUCAGAUGUCUGGGGACGGAGAGCAGCCUGAUGAACUGCACCCGAAAGAACUUGGGUGUUAACGACUGUCAACAUGACGAGGACGUUGGUGUCAGCUGCACGCGUAAGAUUCCCAGUGCUUGUCCUCGUAUCUGGACUUUCUCCAUUAAGUUUGCUUCAUACGGGUGCUCACACAUGGGGACCAAUUUUAGCAGCCUGCAGAUUCGCCUGGUCGGAAAUAACCAAUGGCAGGGGAGAUUGGAAGUGUUUUAUAACAACACCUGGGGCACCGUCUGCGACGACCACUUCGACAGCAAAGCCGCACGAGUCGUUUGCACACAGCUGGGUCUGAGCACUUGGAGGCCGAUUUCGUUGGUUACAGCUGCUUUCGGGCAGGGAACUGGCCCCAUCUGGCGUGAUGAUGUUGUUUGCUCCGGCACAGAGUCCAGCCUCGUCAGCUGCCGCCAUGCCAGCAUUGGGACAAAUGACUGUCGUCAUUCAGAAGACGUUGGAAUUAUCUGCCCGCCUCCUGAUGUCGGCAGCACCAUGCGAGCGAGGCUGGUGGGGCCCUCACCAAACGAGGGGCGACUGGAGGUCAGCUACAACAUGCAGCCGUGGGGCACCGUGUGUGACGACAGCUUCAACAAUGUGGAAGCUGCGGUCGUCUGCAGGAUGCUGGGAUUUAGCACGCAAUUCGCCGUUGCGCGCCCCACCAGCAUUUACGGCAGUGGCAGCAGCAACAUGUCCAUCCUGCUGGACGACGUGCACUGCACCGGCAACGAGACCAACAUCUUCUUCUGCGCCCACAGGGCCCUCGGCGACAGCGACUGUCAGCAUCGAGAGGACGUGGGCGUCAUGUGUGGAGGAGGCUCAUCAACUGCUGGUCUGCAGCUGCGUGCGCGUCUUGUGAACGGAACUUCCACAUCCAACGGGCGUCUGGAGAUUCAAUACAACGGCACCUGGAACACGGUGUGCGACGAUGACUUUGGCAACGAAGAGGCGCAGGUAGCCUGCAGAAUGGUUGGCUUUUACAGCCCCGGGGCCGUUGCUGUAGGCCGGUCUAUGUACGGCAGCGGCACUGGCAAAAUCAUCCUUGACGACCUCAAGUGCUUGGGUUCGGAGACCAGCCUGGGCCAGUGCGGCAACAAGGGUUUGUUUAACAGCGACUGCGACCACAGGGAGGACGUGGGCGUUAUCUGCAACAGUCAGGUAAUUGCGGUGCGCCUGGCGGGCAUACAUCGUACGAAUUACCAAAUGGGUCGGGUAGAGAUCCAGAUCGGACGUGAGUGGGGUACAGUGUGCGACGACUACUUCACCAACAACAGCGCCAAAGUCAUCUGCAGGCAGCUCAACUACCCUUCAGGCGCAGCAAGGAUUGCGGCCCCCAAUACGUUCGGGGCAGGGCAGGGUCGUAUCCUGCUGGACGACGUUCGCUGCAGUGGCAAUGAGUCAACUGUCAUGGCCUGCCCCCACAGUCCCAUCGGCCAACAUGGGGACAUUUAUUUUGUCGACACAACUGAGGGACUUGCUACUGUUGAUAAACACUCAGAGCAUGCCACUAAUGUUGUGACAGAACGCUAA